AUGGUACCAGCAUAUAUGAAGCGUUCUGGCAUGCAGCCCCGGCAUCUGCGCAUUAUCGGAAUCGGAGCAGGGGCAUCCGGGUUGCUGCUGGCUUACAAACUCCAGAGGAACUUUGAUAAUAUUGAGUUGGUCAUUUUUGAGAAGAAUGAAGGUGUGGCUGGUACUUGGUGGGAGGCCAUUCACUCCAGGCGGUAUGAUCUGCGUGCGUCUCACUCCCUGGCCAGUUAUUUCACGUCGUUUUCCGACAAAUAUCAACUGGACAAGUAUAUCAAACUGUCUCAUCAAGUAAUCGGCUGCGAGUGGAAUGAGGACACCGCGACAUGGACAGUCACAGUCCGGAAUACAAAGACAGGAGCAAGCUCCCAGUCAACUUGUGACGUUCUGAUUAAUGCGACCGGAGUCCUAAAUGCGUGGAAGUGGCCAGAUGUCGAAGGCUUGGACACGUUCCGUGGACGUCUGGCUCAUAGCGCGCAAUGGGACUCGUCGAUCGAUCUCCAAAACAAGGUCGUGGCUUUAAUUGGUAAUGGUUCGUCCGGAAUUCAGAUUCUACCUGCUAUCCUACCCAAGGCUAAACGGGUGGUGAACCUUAUCCGUAGCCCAGCCUGGGUAGUAACACCGUUUGGUAAUAGCGAGCCGCGUUCGUUCACUCAAGAGGAGAAGGACAAGUAUGCUGCUGACCCUCAUGCUCAUUUGGCACUUCGCAAACAUGUUGAAGCGACAAACAAUGGCCUCUUCAGAAUUUUCCUGAAAAACAGCCCAGAAGCUCGAGAGUCUAGAAAGAUCUUUUCCAAUCAAAUGAAGGAAAUCCUAGCAUCGAGUGGACAGGCUGACAAGUUGAUACCCAAGUGGUCACUUGGAUGUCGACGGCUGACCCCGGGAGUCGGGUAUCUCGCUGCCUUGACUCAUCCAAAGACGCAGGUAGUAUACGAAGCACUGGCGGCUGUCACUCCGACAGGCGUUCGAUCUUCCAGUGGACAAGAAUUCCCAGUGGACGUCAUUAUCUGCGCUAGUGGCUUUGAUACCUCAUUCAAACCAAGGUAUCCGGUCAUCGGAAGAGGUGGACAAGACCUGCGAGAUCUAUGGGCGGACGAGCCCAAGGGCUAUAUGGGUCUUGCAGUCCCGGAACUGCCAAAUUACUUCAGUUUCCUGGGUCCAAAUUGUCCCAUCGGCAACGGGCCUGUUCUGAGUGCGAUUGAAGCUCAGAGUGAUUAUAUCUGCAAGUUUUUGUAUCGCAUACAAACAGAGGACAUCAGGACGGUUGCGCCCAAGAUGCAAGCUGCGGACGAGUUCAUGGAGCACAAAGACAUCUUUUUUGAGACCACAGUCUGGAGCGAGGACUGCAAUUCUUGGUACAAACUAAAGCAUAACAACAAGAUUUCGGCCUUGUGGGCAGGCUCAACCUUGCACUAUCUACGGGCUGUGGAAAACCCUCGAUAUGAGGACUGGGAUUUCACCUACAUUUACGGCAACCGCUGGUCAUAUCUGGGCAAUGGACUCGGUCCCGAUGACGUGGAUCCGCAAGCCGACAUGGCUUGGUACAUUCGUGACCAUGACGAUUCCCCAAUUAUCGGGAGCAAAAGAGUCCACGAGGGCGAAUGGGUAGGUAACAGGGGAGAAAGCGUCAUAGGGAUUGGCGCCCAGGACGAGGACGUAGCUGCAGAAGGGUAG